AUUGCAGGUCAAUUAUGUUCCACCACUGCUUGUGUACCUGCUUUCUCUGACUUCCUGUGGAUACCAGCAGCAAGCAAAUGCUCUGAACACAACCAAACCAAACAAUGGCCUGUCUUACUAUGACAAAUAUGGAAGAUACAGGAACUUCUACUGUCCGCCAGAAUGGUGACAUUCAUGGGAAUACCAGUGCACCUAAGCAGACAGAACCAUUUCUUCAAGUGUACCUUUAUCAUUCUCCUGGGAAGACAGGAGGAGAUUACCUUCAAUUUUCAGCUGGAGAAUAUGUUGCAGAAGAGAUUUGCGCUGUUGCCUGUAAAGCUUGUGGUAUCAUGCCGGUGUAUCAUAACAUGUUUGCACUCAUGAGUGAAGUAGAGAGAAUGUGGUAUCCCCCAAAUCACAUCUUCCAUGUAGAUGAAGCAACCAGACUCAACCUGAUUUUCCGGAUAAGGUUUUAUUUUCCCCACUGGUAUUGCAAUGGCAGCAGCAGAGCAUAUCGGUAUGGCAUUCUUCGAGGUGCAGAAAGCCCUGUUCUUGAUGAUGUUGUCAUGUCCUACCUAUUUGCACAGUGGCGAGAUGAUUUUUUGGAUGGAUGGAUUCAGAUGCCUGUUACUCACGAAACACAAGAAGAGUGCCUAGGAAUGGCAGUUUUGGAUAUGAUGAGAGUGGCCAAAGAAAAGGACCAAACCCCACUGGCUAUUUACAAUUCAGUCAGUUACAAAAUGUUUUUGCCUAAAUGUGUGCGAGCAAAAAUCCAAGACUACCACAUUUUGACACGAAAAAGAAUAAGGUAUAGGUUCCGCAAAUUUAUACAACAGUUUGGCCAAUGCAAAGCUACUGCCAGGAACUUGAAGCUUAAGUAUCUUAUAAAUCUGGAAACCCUUCAGUCUGCCUUCUACUCAGAGGUUUUUGAAGUAAAGGAACCUGGUGGAGAUCCUUCUGGAGAAGAACGUUUUGCAACCAUUGUAAUAACUGGAAAUGGUGGAAUUCAGUGCUCAAGAGGAAAACUUAAAGACUAUGAGACACUGGCAGAGCAGGAUUUACAAACAUACUGUGAUUUUCCUGAUAUCAUUGAUGUCAGUAUUAAACAAGCAAGCCAAGAAGGGUCCAGUGAGAGAAGAAUUGUCACCAUUCACAAGCAGGACAGCAAGAAUCUGGAGGCUGAAUUUCAGUCAUUGAGAGAAGCUCUCUCCUUUGUAUCACUAAUUGAUGGAUAUUACAGAUUAACUGCAGAUGCCCACCAUUAUCUCUGUAAAGAAGUGGCACCACCAUCAGUUCUUGAAAAUAUCCAAAGCAACUGCCACGGACCAAUUUUCAUGGACUUUGCUAUCAGUAAACUGAAGAAAGCAGGUAAUCAGACUGGUUUCUACGUUCUUCGUUGCAGUCCUAAAGAUUUUAAAAAAUACUUCCUCACCUUUGCUAUAGAGAGGGAGAAUGGAACUGAUUAUAAGCACUGCCUAAUUACGAAGAAUGAGAAUGGAGAAUAUAAUCUUAGUGGAACCAAGAGAAGUUUCAGUAAUCUUAAGGAUCUCUUGACCUGUUACCAGACAGAAACUGUCCGUUCAGACAGCAUCAUUUUCCAGUUCAUCAAAUGCUGUCCUCCAAAACCAAAAGAUAAAUCAAAUCUCCUAGUCUUCAGAAGCAAUAGUGUUUCUGAUGUACCUUCAUCACCUACGCUACAGAGACACAAUAAUGUCAAUCAGAUGGUCUUUCAUAAAAUCCGGAAUGAGGACUUGAUAUUUGAGGAGAGUCUUGGACAGGGCACAUUUACAAAGAUUUUCAAAGGUGUAAGGAAAGAAGUGGGAGACUAUGGCCAACUCCAUCAAACUGAAGUUCUUUUGAAGGUGCUGGAUAAAGUGCAUAGAAACUACUCUGAGUCCUUCUUUGAGGCAGCAAGUAUGAUGAGCCAGCUUUCUUACAAACAUUUGGUGUUAAAUUAUGGAGUCUGUGUAUGUGGAGAGGAAAAUAUCCUUGUACAAGAAUAUGUAAAAUUUGGAUCCUUGGACACAUACCUGAAAAAGAACAAAAAUGUUAUCAAUAUCUUGUGGAAACUGGAAGUAGCCAAACAGUUGGCAUUAGCCAUGCAUUUCCUGGAGGAUAAAGGCCUUGUUCAUGGGAAUGUCUGCGCAAAAAACAUUUUGCUUAUCAGAGAGGAAGACAGGAAGUCUGGAAACCUUCCAUUUAUAAAACUAAGUGAUCCUGGCAUCAGUAUUACAGUUUUACCAAGAGAUAUUCUUCUUGAGAGAAUACCAUGGGUUCCACCUGAAUGUAUUGAAAAUCCCAAACAAUUAAGCCUGGCCACAGACAAAUGGAGUUUUGGUACUACUUUGUGGGAAAUCUGUAGUGGAGGAGACAAACCUCUGAGUGCACUGGAUUCUUCAAGAAAACUACAGUUUUAUGAAGACAGGCACCAGCUUCCUGCCCCCAACUGGACAGAACUAGCAAACCUUAUAAACAACUGUAUGGAUUAUGAGCCAGACUUCAGGCCCUCAUUUAGAGCGAUUAUACGUGACUUGAAUAGUCUUUUCACUCCAGAUUAUGAACUACUGACAGAAAGUGAUAUGUUGCCAAAUAUGAGAAUUGGGGCACUUGGAUUUUCUGGUGCAUUUGAAGAUCGGGACCCAACACAAUUUGAAGAAAGGCAUCUGAAGUUUUUACAGCAACUUGGCAAGGGAAAUUUUGGCAGUGUUGAAAUGUGCCGGUAUGACCCCCUGCAAGAUAAUACUGGGGAGGUGGUGGCUGUGAAAAAGCUGCAACAUAGCACAGAAGAGCACCUUAGGGACUUUGAAAGAGAAAUUGAAAUACUUAAAUCUCUGCAGCACGAUAACAUUGUUAAAUACAAAGGAGUGUGCUACAGCGCAGGUCGUAGGAAUCUAAGAUUGAUUAUGGAAUAUUUGCCAUAUGGAAGUUUACGAGAUUAUCUGCAGAAACACAAGGAGAGGCUGGACCACAAGAAGCUUUUGCUGUAUGCAUCUCAGAUCUGUAAGGGCAUGGAGUAUCUGGGUACCAAAAGGUAUGUUCACCGGGAUUUAGCAACCAGAAAUAUCUUAGUGGAGAAUGAGAACAGAGUUAAAAUUGGAGACUUUGGAUUGACAAAAGUGUUGCCGCAAGACAAGGAAUACUACAAAGUAAAAGAACCUGGUGAAAGCCCUAUAUUUUGGUAUGCUCCAGAAUCUCUAACAGAAAGCAAAUUUUCUGUGGCCUCAGAUGUGUGGAGUUUUGGUGUGGUCUUGUAUGAACUCUUCACAUACAUUGACAAGAGCAAAAGCCCACCAGCUGAAUUCAUGCGCAUGAUUGGCAAUGAUAAACAAGGGCAGAUGAUUGUGUUUCACUUGAUAGAGCUUUUGAAGAAUAAUGGACGGCUACCAAGACCAGAUGGAUGCCCUGAUGAGAUCUAUGCCAUCAUGAAAGAAUGCUGGAACAAUACUGUUUCCCAACGCCCCGCCUUUAGGGAUCUUGCUCAGCGAGUGGAUCACAUAAGGGACAACAUGGGUGGAUGAGAAAAGUGUCCCUCCUUCAGAGAAUGUGUUACAAUGCAGAGCAAAAUGUACUUAGUCUAUUUUGUAUAAUUGACAUGUACACAUGUGCAUUUUAGCUUUGCUGGAAGUAAAA